AUGGUGCGCCAUUGUAGGAGCACUCAAGGGAAAUCAAAGAAACUCUGCUAUAUAAGUUAUGAUUACAAAAGGGAAUAUCAACUGGGACUCGAGACCACCAUUCUUGUUAAGAAUUACACUCUGCCUGAUGGGAGAGUUAUUAAAGUUGGCACUGAAAGGUUCCAGGCCCCUGAGGCUCUUUUCACUCCAGAACUUAUUGAUGUUGAAGGUGAUGGUAUGGCUGACAUGGUUUUCCGCUGCAUUCAUGAGAUGGAUAUCAACAAUCGCAUGAUGCUCUAUCAGCAUAUAGUUUUAAGUGGAAGGAGCACCAUGUACCCUGGCUUACCUAGUCGGCUGGAGAGGGAAAUCCUAGAUCGAUAUCUUGACGUGGUUCUAAAGGGAAACAAGGAUGGAUUGAAGAAACUGCGACUGAGGAUUGAGGAUCCACCACGAAGAAAGCAUAUGGUGUAUCUUGGUGGUGCUGUACUUGCCGGGAUUAUGAAGGAUGCACCCGAAUUUUGGAUCAGCAAGGAAGAUUAUUUGGAAGAGGGAAUUGCCUGCCUAAGCAAGUGUGGCCCUGCUUGACCUUUUGUUAGCAACACUUUUCAAUUCUUGUUGUAUGUUCGGUGCGUUCACCCUGUGAUUCCAUUCAUUAGCCUAGAGAACCACACACAAGGGUGUCCAAGGUAGGCUGUCUCAUAUCAGUCGACUUCUUAAACUACACAUCCUGGCAUCUAUUCGCCUAUCGGACUGAGCAGCCUAUUGAAUGAUUAUCUCUUAUGUUACUACUAUCAGGAAAAAAAAAGGUGCCCUUGUAGAAGCUAUAUAUACUUUUACCAGACCAGAAAUUUUGGUUUCUAUACGUACUCUCAUAGAAGUUGUUACACUCGUGGUGUUUUUAUUUCAAGUGAGGUUUGAUCCGCUGAACUGUAUUGUAUUGUGCCUACUUAUUUGAAUAUAAAUGAAUGUCAAUAUAUAUACUGCGACAGGAAAUGGCAAUACAUUUAAGUACCAA